UGUCGAAAGGUUGGCAGUGGUAGAUAACGUCAAGAGUAUUCCCUGUUCAUUUCCUGCUGCAUAAAUAUACGUAGUUCAGGUUAUUAAAAUACUAGAAGUGAAUGUCAACAGAUUAGUUUUUGUCUAGAUUUUUGUGUAAAAAUGUAAAAAUCGAGUUAAUUUGUUGUCGUGUAUGAUGGGUGCAAAAGAUUCCAAACGUAGUUGUUUGAGCUAUGAAGAUGCCGUUAAACGAAUGACAGAUGUGGAAUUCAAGAGGGUGUGCGAAGCCUUCAAGAGAUUGACUGGGGGUGGUCAGUUGUUAGGAAAGCAGUCAUUCACUCAAAAUGUUCUUGGUGACGGAGUACCGGUGUCCAUAGGAGAAUGGCUGUACACUGCGUGCGGUGGAACCCCCCGAGGGAUCGCUCUCAGAGAUCUCAUCUGCGGGUUGGUUCUUCUCACAAAAGGCUCCCAAGAAGAAAAGAUAAAAUUCUUAUGGACCCUCUACUGCAACGAUUCUACAGGCUACAUCACCAAAAAUGAGUUUAUGAGUGCUCUACAAACUGAAGGUACGUUGCCAACGUGCUGCUCUGAUAAGCCCAACAUAGAGUAUACAGUACGUUCCUUAUUCGGAAUUGGUCAGGACAAAGUGGGUUUCGAUCAUUUCCACGCCUGGAUCCAGUAUAACAAGAGUGCUACAAUAUUAUCGAGAUGGCUGCUGGCAAAUCCAUGUGUAUCACUGAGUUCCGAGUUAGAAACUCCCACUUUUUAUCAGACCCUCGCCGGAGUGACGCAUCUCGAGGAACAAGAUAUUUGCGAGUUAGAGAAAUGCUUCUGGUCCUUAACCAGUUCGUCUCAAACAGGACAACUCGAUCUAGAAUCUAUAAGCGCCCUUGUAAGCCCUCCAGUACCCGUCAGCGCAUGCGUAGGAUUAUUCAUGGCCCUAGACGUAAACGGAGACGGUCACGUGGACUUCAAGGAACUAUGUUGCGGUAUCUCUGCGGCUUGCAGGGGACCCAUUGCGGAACGCGUUAAAUUCUGCUUCAAAAUAUUCGACGUAGACAAAAACGGUCGUCUUAACACGAAAGAACUCCAAACCAUGAUCGAAAUUCUCUUUUUCAUAGCAAAAGAGAACAAAUUGUUCUGCUCGUCGCAGACCAACAACAAACAUACGUUCAGCACCCUAGAGAGGAGAAGUUUCAGUUCCCAUAAUCGUGCUAGUUUUGUGAUCAAAUCUAGCAAUGAAAAAUUGAAAGAGAACGACAGUGAGACAAAGGGAAGGAAAGAUUGUCUCAUAACUGAUAUUGUUAAACUGCCUCCUGACGCCAGAACAAACGAAGACAUGAAGGAAAAAGAAAUUGGGCUAAUGCUGAUCGAUAAUUCGAUGGCAUACGCUCAACAGACCCUCGACGAAUCUCACAUAAAGUCCUUGCAUGGUCUGAAAGCACGACUGGACGAACGAGGUCAUUUAAAUCAAGAAGAGUUUCUCAUUUGGGGAGUGGACAAUAAUCCUUUCAUAUCUCCACUGCUGGAACUCCUAUUUGAAGUGGGACACGUGUGCCUAGGCCUGAAACCCCACUGUCGACAUCACGAAUAUGACAUUGUUAUGGGAUGGUUGUCGAGAGAAGAAAGCAGAGGCUACCAUGUUGGACAGUUCUGGUACUUGGUGUCAUCGGAUUGGUGGCAAUCCUGGCUUAACUAUACCACGGCAUCGAAGACCAGCUACGAUCAUUGCAAUUGCAAAGCAGACAAUAGCAGGAUAGCGAUAGAAGAGGGCAUCGUUUGCGAUGAGAGCUUCAGCAGCACGGAUUACACAUCCUCUCACUCUAAUGAGCUGACCUCCAAUAGCACGGACUCGAUGGGUGACCUCCUGAGUCGUGGAGACAGUUGUAGUAUAGCAUCAAGUUCAGGGGUAUCCAGCAGUUCAGGAAACGGCUCAAAACGUCAACAAAACAGCCCGGGCCCCAUUGAUAAUACAAACCUUGUUGCAGAACCCGUUAUUCGAGCUGGGACGCUUACAGGAGAAGGUGGUCGAUUAAAGAAAGAUACUCCUCUGGUUCAACAUAGAGACUUUGAAUUGGUACCGGACUCGUUAUGGAAGGCCUUAGCUCUCUGGUAUGGCGGUCCCUUACCCCUUCCCAGGCAAGUUAUCAAGCCUCCUGGGAGCACGGAAGUCGAACUAGAACUUUACCCCUUAAAUUUGAGGAUAUUACGGCACCAAAGUCAACAACUAAACUCUACAGCCUCUUGGAACAGUGUUGUGGGAGGGUAUGGAGCUUCUGGUUUAAACUCAGCAGGUAUUUCGGCGUCUCCAGUGAUGGCCCCACGACGUUACCUAGCUCACACAGCCGCCUUCAGCAGGCUCGCGACCGUUCGUCAAGUGAUUGAAUUCCUGUCAUCCCGUCUGGGAUUCCGGGUUGAAGACGUUCGUCUUUGGUACGUCAGGGACACUGCGAUCCCUCUGGAGGACGAAAACUCUACAUUGCAAGAGUUAGGAGUCCAAGACAAUGAUCAAAUUCUACUCGAGAAAAGAAACAAAGACCUUACUUGGCCCGAAGAGCUUGGUGCUCUCGCUUCUGGUAACGUAGGAGGUUCGUACCGUGACCGACGACCCACUGUGGCUCUGCCGCCCGGGGCAACAGGACUUCAUAAUCUCGGCAACACCUGUUUCAUGAAUUCAGCCCUACAGGCUGUUUCCAAUACUAGACCGCUAACGUUGUACUUUAAACGUGACAUGCAGCUGUGCGAAUUGAAUACUUCAAAUCCGUUGGGGACAAAGGGACAGGUGGCUAGGAAGUAUGCGGAGUUGUGUAGAGAGCUUUGGGCUGGGUCGACCAGAAGCGUUGCGCCUAUAGGACUACGAUGUUGCGUAACGAAACACGCUCCUCAUUUGAGCGGCGGUGGACAGCAUGAUUCACAAGAACUUCUGGCGUGGUUACUCGACGCCCUGCACGAGGACUUGAACAGGGUGACAAGGAAGCAGUACACAGAACUCAGGGACUCUGACGGUCGUCCCGACGCCAUCGUGGCCGACGAGGCUUGGCAACAACAUCUUGCGCGAGACCAUUCUAUCAUCACCGAUCUGUUUUAUGGGCAACUUAAAAGCAAGGUCACCUGUCAAACUUGCGGUAAUGAGUCAGUACGUUUCGACGCCUUCAACCUCCUCAGUCUGCCUCUACCCAUGGAGAGUUACACUCUUUGCGAAAUUUUAGUUAUCCGCUUAAAUGGCGAAAUGCCUGUCAAAUAUGGCCUGCGAUUGAACUCAGAAGCAAAAUACUUGGAACUGAAGCAUCAACUGGAGCAACUGUGCGACAUACCGGGCGACAGACUAAUGCUGGCCGAAGUGGCAUCUUCCCAAAUCAAAACGGUGCUCGCCGAUGACGCCCGAAUAAAUCCCGGAACUGCUACCGAGCUCUAUGCCUACGAAUUGCCUGUGCCUUGUACCGAAAUCGUCAACGGGACUUUGGAUCCUGAGCCAGAAAUAGAAACGUCGCUGAGCCAGAGUCCACUGGCACGAAGCCCUGAGGUAAGCGGCGGUUCGACGCUUUGCAUGCCCAACAUUCUUUGUUUCAAGGCAGAAGUUGACAGAAACUGUGAAAAUCGUUCUUUUACAAAAAUGGGAGGUUCAGCAAAAUGCAGAAGACCCUCGGCAGCCCCACGACCCACCCUCCCACGUUCAGAUAGCGUUGAUAAAGUUCCAGCCUAUUUGGUAGCAGUCCAUCGAAAAUGUGUUCGUCAAGAGACAUACUUUUUGUCACAACACAAGUUAAAACCCAGCCUCUUUGGAAUGCCUCUGCUACUGGGCUGUAACGCUAAUAGCACUUGCAAAGACCUGUACGAAAUGGUUUGGAAACAGGUCACGCGCCUUCUUAGUCCACUGCCUCAAAGCGACCAAACAAAUCAUGCAACUGAUUGUGAUGAUUCAUUGGGUUACGAAUUCCCUUUCACUCUGAAAGCCGUCCUCCAGGGCGGCCAAAUUUGUGCCUUAUGCCCCUGGACGCAAUUUUGUAGGGGUUGCGUUAUCUCUUACUGCGACGAAAACCUUUUCAACAUAUGCAAAACUGCGAACAGUAGUGGAAUGUGUGUUGCUAUCGAUUGGGAUCCUACUGCUUUACAUCUUCGGUACCAAAGCAGCAGGGAAAAAGUCUGGCAUGAACACGAGUCAGUGACAAUUUGUAGAAAACUCCAUACAGAACCAAUCGAUUUAGAUUAUUGUCUGAGGGCUUUCACCUCCGAGGAAAGACUGGAAGCGAAGUAUCACUGCUCUAAAUGUCAAGAGAAACAGCCUGCUACCAAAAAGCUGCAGAUAUGGAGAUUGCCUCCCAUUUUGAUAAUUCACCUCAAAAGAUUCGACUGCGUAAACAGCAAGUGGGUAAAAACGCAAAAAGUAGUUAAUUUCCCAUUUAAGGACUUCGAUCCCACACCUUAUUUGGCUGCAGUCCCACAGGAAACAAUCAUACGUCAUCGGCAGUUACUCAAAAAACGAAAAAAUAAAAUUUUGAUUGAAAAUAACAGAACACCCCCAACUAAAGGAAAUGUAAACGAGGAAGAUGUCGCUUCGGUAUUAGAGAACGAUAAAAGCGUCAAAAUCAACAAUAUAGACGAUCCAUUUUUGGACAUCAAGGUUCCAGAUAAAGGUGAAUGCGUGAUUGUAGGCGAAAAUAGCGAGUCCGCCAGCGAAACCAGUCGAUUAGUAGAUAGCGAGGAGAGUGCCGAUGAGAUAGGUAACUGCUCGAUACCGUUCGGGCUCCCUAAAGGGGGCAGCAAAAUGCGCGAACGUCUCAUUUCUACCAGUCUACAGAAAACGCCCAUUAAUGACGAAGAUCUAAAAGACUUCCAUGAACACAAACUGUUACCAGGACAAGACCCUUUCGACCUCAAGUAUCAACUCUACGCAGUUGUGAGUCAUUCAGGUCUACUGACUGGCGGCCAUUACAUUUCAUACGCCUGCAACCCCAAUGGUCACUGGUACUGUUACAAUGACAGUUCGUGUCGAGAAAUCCCUGCCGAUGAUCCUCCUGUCGUGGUCGACUAUUCGGCCACUGGGGGCGACGUGCCCGUAUCGUCUCAAGUUGCGCGCAUGCCCUACUCAAAGCCAGUCAGUCGUAGCGCGAACGCCACGCCCGUAAUACGUCGUAAGACGUACACGAACGCGAACCGAGCGUCGUUGAUGACGACUUCCCUGUGUGAAAGGGGCGGCAGCGAUUCUACAGUCAACGCCAGUCGUGAUUCUGCGUCGUCAUGCUCGAAUCUCGAAAACAGUAGCGCGAGCGAGAGCAAUUCGACGAUCACGCCUGAGAUCAGCGCAGUUGGCGUUGAAACGUCGUGUUGUGCUACAGACUCGACGACAUCUUGCGACGAUCGUUCUGACGAGGUCGAUGGCGCUCGAUGUCGACCUAUUGUUGAGGCCGAAUCGUCGGUGUCGUUGAAUGAGUUUAGGUGCGCUUAUAGUGACGCGAAAACGCCCAAGAUCGACACGAGCAGUGCAUAUAUCCUAUUCUAUGAACGUUCAGGUCUCGAUUAUCGACCUUAUUUGCCUGAGAUUGUAUCAAAUGGACCGGUCGCAGCCGUUGAUCCGGAAAUGGACGAGAGCGAGUCGGAACUGAGGAAGCAGCUUUGUGCCAUACAGUAAAUCCCCGCCGCUUUUGGUCUGAUAUAAUGAUGGUACUACUGCUUUCUUCUGAUUCUUUGGCCGCUUCGUUUCAAGGUAUAAACAAUAUGAAACAAAAAGCUCCCAUAACAAUGUAAGUUUUGGUUUUUCUUCUUUUAUUUUUCUUGUGUUAUUAACUGAGCGAGUUUCCUUUAUAAAUAAAUAGGAAUGAAAAUAUACUGAAUGAUGAUUGUCUAAAGAUUUCUUUUAAUUGGGACCAGAUAAUUGGCAUUUCAAACUAAAAUUUGGACAAUGUUAUUAAUUAAAAACAGUUAAAAUUCUUUUUUUUUAGCAUUAUGUAAGCAGUUCAUUAAAAACAUUUACCAAAAAGUUUGUGGUUUGCUGGUGUGCCAUUUUAUUAUCAUCAGAUAUCGCAAUUUUGAGACUGUAUUCAAAAUCUGCCAUUUUAAUUAAUAAUAAUA